CCCCCCUCCUUACCACACACACUCUCUUACAAACACACACACACUCGCACACACACACACACGCUCUCUGUACUGUUUGGGAUCUUGCGUGUGGAGCUGGAUUGGAGCCGAAGGAGCUGCAGGGUCGAUAGUAAUUAAGAUUUCUCCAUAGACUGAGAGUGAAGUGCUGAACCAAGUGGAGAUAAUGGAGCUUUCUUUAGCAGCAGUGCUCUGCUCUUCCUUCUUAGUUCCAGCUCUGGGGUCAGCUUUUGGCAGGGAAAUGCCAGCCUCUACAAUGGAUGAAUUACAAGACCACGACAGCCAAUUUCAUUAUGACUAUGAAUCUGUGAGGAUCGGGGGUUUGAUCUUCGCUGCCGUGCUCUUCUUCAUGGGGAUCUUCAUUGUCAUCAGCCGAAAGUGCCGCUGCAGAGGAAGCCAGGCGUCAAAGCCAGUGGGACCUGACCCAGAAGCAGCCAAAGGAAGAAAUUAAGCUACAACAACAGUAAGCAGAUGAGCAGAGAGCGUUGCCACCAGAGGGACACGACAACACUGGCAGCCUUGUGAUCAGCAGCAGCAGCAGCAUCAGGAUGACGGGAGGCUCGAUAGAAUCCGCUUCUUCUUGAAUUUCUCACUUUCAUGACUGUCUUUCACACUGCCGUUUAUCCUGUAGCAGACCUGCUGUCAUAUUAAGUCACUCUGAGCAGGAAAGUAUUAGCGAGUUUUAGUUUAGAUUACUGUGUGCUAGCAGCUGAGAUAGCAGCUUUUUAAUGCUUUUGUAAAAAAAACUACAGCUUAUGUAGAUUCUGUAGCAUGCAGAAUGUUCAGGCAGCAUUCACUUUUAAAUGGUAGCAUUUUAUACAUUUUGUAAAGUCUUCAUCAUUGUUUGUAAAGCAGUGAUUCACUGAUGAGCCAAAACGAACGUUUUGAGCUAAAAUUCAAGUUUAGAGAACACAUGACUGACAGCCUGUUUUCUUUUUUUUGUUGUUGUUGUUUUCUUUUGUUUUGUUUUUUUCUUUUUUAAUCAAAUAAACUUUAUUUAGACUUUA